AUGGCAGAAGACGCGCAAGAAGUCCCUCAGAUCGCAUUAGAGGCUGUUAUUGGUUUUAAUGGUCAUGUGUUUUCUGGACUCAAAGUGCAUCCAGACAAAGAACAUCUCAUUUAUCCUCUUGGCUGCACUGUUAUUAUUAAGAGUCAGAGAAGUGGGAAACAAACUUUCCUCCAUGGCCACACGAACAACGUCUCUUGCAUUUCUGUGUCCAAAAGUGGACGCUAUAUUGCAUCUGGACAGGUCACGUUCAUGGGCUUUAAGGCUGAUAUUAUUAUCUGGGACUAUGAGAAGAAGGAGAUUUAUGGCCGUCUUGUGCUUCAUAAAGCUAGGGUUGAAGAUCUCAGCUUCUCCCCAAAUGAUAAGUAUCUGGUAUCUUUGGGUGGACAGGAUGAUGCCAGCAUUGUAGUGUGGAACAUCGAGAGUAAGGAGGCUAUAUGUGGCAGUCCUGCUUCAGCACAGAGUGCUGGUCACUGCCUCACCAUCGAGUACACCAACCUGAACGAUGAAAUCUUUGUCUCUGCUGGAAAUGGAACUCUGCGUGUAUGGGAGCUUGAUUUGCCCAACAGAAAGAUCCGGCCCACAGAAUGCCAGACUGGACAGCUCAAGAGAAUUGUCAAAUGCCUGGAGAUCCCUAACGAUGAUAAUUUUUUCUACUGUGGAACUACUAGUGGGGAUAUUCUGAAAGUGAACCUGAAGACAAGGUUGCUCAACAGCUGUGGUCCUGUUAAACAAAAAUUCAGCAAGGGAGUGAACACUCUUAAAGUCUUGAAGACUGGUGAUAUUUUAGUUGGAUCAGGAGAUGGGAUGUUGUCUUUGUGCUCAGGAGGGAAUUUCAAAACCAUUAAGAGUGUUCAGUUGGAGGAAGGGGUGACAUCAGUGACCCUGCGUGGAGAUGGGCAGCAGUUCUACGUUGGGACAGAAGCUGCACAGAUCUACAGUUUAGGCUACAUUGACUUCAAACCAGAACUCAUUGCAACAAAUCAUAACAGUGCUGUAAAGGACGUGGCCUUUCCAUUUGGGACGUCAGAGCUGUUUGCCACCUGUUCACAGAAUGAUAUACGAGUGUGGCAUACUGAGUCCUCCAAGGAGCUUCUGCGUAUCAUGGUGCCUAACAUAACAUGCAACGCUCUGGGCUUUAUGCAGGAUGGCAGGAGCAUCUUCAGUGCUUGGAAUGAUGGAAAGAUUCGCGUGUUCACCCCAGAGAGUGGGAAGCUGAAGCUGAUCAUUCAUAAUGCCCACAGUAUGGGAGUGACUGCCAUAGCAGCGACCAAUGACUGCAAGAGGAUUGUCAGUGGAGGGGGAGAAGGACAGGUUAGAGUCUGGGAGAUAUUCCAGGACUCAUAUCGUCUCAUCGAGACCAUGAAGGAGCACAAAGCCACGGUUAACUGCAUUAAGAUCAAGAGUAACGACAAGGAGUGUGUGACAGCCAGCUCUGAUGGCGCUUGCAUCAUCUGGGACCUGGUGAGGUUCGUGAGGAAUCAAAUGGUCUUGUCCAACACCCUGUUCAGUGUUGUAUGUUACCACCCUGAGGAAUUCCAGAUCAUCACCAGUGGCACUGACAGAAAGAUUGGCUACUGGGAGGUGUAUGAUGGUUCUGCAAUCAGAGAACUCGAGGGCUCCUUGUCUGGAGCUAUAAAUGGCAUGCACAUUUCUGAGGACGGAAAAUAUUUCGUGACUGGUGGAGAUGACAAAUUACUGAAGCUUUGGCACUAUUCUGAUGGUGAAGUGACCCAUGUUGGCGUCGGGCACAGUGGAAGCAUCACAAAUGUGAGGAUCUGUCCCAACAGCAGAUGCAUUGUCAGCACCAGUGCUGAUGGAGCCAUCCUAAGGUGGAGAUAUCCACAAACCCUAAAGAGUGAAUAAGAAUAUCUAAUGCAGUUCAGAUAUGAUAGUAGUUCAGAUAUACACUUACAUUGCAUUCCUUCUUCUUGCAAAUAAUUGUAUUGCAAAUUAGGUUAUGAAUUCUUGCGAGAUUUAAAGGUACCAUUAAACAGUCCAAUUCCAGUCAUUUCAUUUAAAUAAAGCAGCAUAGAGCCCCAGUUUCGGAGGACUAUUGUGAACUGCACUGUCAGCUAAUAUAUCACCUG